AUGGAGGUCCGCCCCCAGGCGGAGGUGCCCAGCCCGCCGUCCAGCGAGGUGUUACCCACGGAAGUGCCCUCAUCGACGAAUCUGAUUCUGAAUACCGCAUCGCUGGUGAACUGGGCGUACUAUGUUCUGGCUAUUCUGGCGUUUCUGAGCGUCCGAAAUGCAAAGCGAAGGGCGGACAGGUCCGCGCGGCGCGGGAUUCGCUACCUUGAAGCCGCUCGCAGGAAGACACUACUGGAAGAGAGGAAAAAGUGGCAAGAACACCAAGGAAGGAAAGCGGCGAAAACGGGUGGUCUGGUAAGCCAUGUAAGUUCUAGCGUAGCUUCGUCUUUCGCGCGAUUGAGCGAGCGCGGGAAAGUGUAG